AGAGCACUGCAGGACUGUCACUGCAACGGACGCAACUCCGUACUUACUUAUUUCUAUGCGCACAACUGGGACUGUUUGCGAGAAUCGGGAAGCAACUUGACAAAAUCAGCAACAAGUUUUAAUUGUUUUGUUUGUUGAGCCUAGCAUUCAUUGAUUCAGUCAAUUUCUGCAUUAUUUUGCUGUCUUGGAGUAGAGUAUUUUUUUUCUUUUUUUUUAAAGAAGGAAAUCAGUCCAGUAGACCUCUAUUCUAUUCAGACCGUUUGUUUCAUGAACAACACGAACAAUAUUAGUUUACUUAUUUAUCACAACUUUGGCUGCAAUAACUCAUUUAAACCACAGUAAAGCAAAACGGUGUGCGCUUUCUAUACAAUAUUAUCUCCAUUCUCUCAUUAUCUUGCUCAUUGCCAUCGCGUUCAAGAUGAUGAACACUAUGGUCAUUUUUGCGGAAUUUUUCGUGGUCAUCUUGAAAGUGCUCUGGGCUUUUGUUACCGCCGGGGCGAAAUGGGUGGUGCGGCCGAAGGAGAAGAGUGUAGCGGGACAGGUGUGUGUGAUCACCGGGGCUGGAAGCGGUCUGGGUCGGCUGUUCGCCAAGGAGUUCGCUAGAAGAGGGGCUGUAUUGGUGCUAUGGGACAUCAACAGCAAAAGCAACGAGGAGACCGCGGAGUUGGUGAGGGAAAUCUACCGGGAGCUGGACAGUGAAUCUCCGAUGGCCAAAGAAGGAGCAAUAGGAGGGCUAGAGGAGGUGUUUCCGUUCAAGCCUCAGGUGUACACGUACGUGUGUGACGUGGGCAAGCGGGAGAGUGUGUACUCCACGGCGGAGAAGGUGCGUCGGGAGGUGGGCAACGUGGACAUGUUGAUCAACAACGCUGGCGUGGUCUCUGGUCACCAUCUCCUGGAGUGUCCUGACGAGCUGAUCGAACGCACCAUGGUGGUCAACUGCCACGCACACUUCUGGACCACCAAGGCAUUCCUUCCCAAGAUGUUGGAGCUGAACCACGGCCACAUUGUGACGGUUGCCAGCUCUCUGGGGCUGUUCAGCACAGCUGGUGUGGAGGAUUACUGCGCCAGUAAAUUCGGGGCCAUCGGCUUCCACGAGUCGCUGAGCCACGAGAUCAAGGCUUCGGAUAAGGACGGCAUUAAGAUGACGCUGGUGUGUCCCUACCUGGUGGACACGGGCAUGUUCAAAGGCUGCAGGAUAAGGAAAGAAAUCGAGCCAUUCCUGCCUCCCCUGAAGCCAGAGUUCUGCGUAACACAGUCUAUGAGGGCCAUUCUCACCGAUCAGGCUAUGAUCUGCACCCCACGCAUAGUAUACAUGGUUAACUUCAUGAAAAGCUUCCUGCCCUUCGAGGCCAUCGUUUGUAUGUACAGGUUCCUGGGUGCUGAUAAGUGUAUGUAUCCCUUCCUGGCCCAGAGGAAGGAGCUGAUGAACAACAACGAGGCUAAGGGGGACAUCUAGGGGGCGCUGUUGCCGCAUGGUGGGGUGGGGCCCAUAACCCUAGAGGCACAAGGAUAAGACCACUGAGGGUGUGAGGAGGAAGAAGAUUUAAAAAGACUGAAUCUAGACUGGUGAACUUGCAUUGAGCAGAUACAAAGGUCCUCUGAAACGAUGCCAGCUGUGUACUACACAAAGGAUUUUUAUUUCUCUUUGUUUUUUUUCAUGUUGUCUUUUUAUUUUUAAUGUUUUUUUCUUCUAAGGUUUGUUUAAGGACCAUCUAUAUACUGUGUCAAUAGUUUUUGUUUUUUUAAUCAUAUGAAAAAAAAAAGUAUUAACUAUUUACGUAAUGUAGUCACCAACUUUUUAUUUAGUAUCUUUGUGGAAAUAUACAGUAUGUUACUGUACAGUAAAAUCUUGUCACUUUUCAGUUUCUCUUUUAUUUGUAGACAUGCACUGUAAUACUGCCUUUCUCUGCACGGCCGAGUCUCUGUGGAAACGGUUUAAACUGGGCAUUUCAUCACCCAGACCGACAUGCAAAAUACAUUUACACACGUACAUGUUAUUCAAUCAUUGCAUCAACACAGCUCACGUUUCUCAGCGAGCGUCUGGGUAGCCAGGUGCUGAAAUUAGAAUGGCAAGUCCCGCCUCUCCCAUCUCCUCAUUGGUUGUUAGGAGCAUAUACCCACGUGGGUGAUUGAAAGAUGAACUGAGGUGCACACACUCCAGUCCAGUGGGUGGUGGUAAUGCACCUUAAAGUUGGUUGCCAUCCACCCAUGUAAACUCCACAGAAGAAGAAGCAUGAAGGAGGAGAGAUUACUAGAAACUAACUCGGUUGACCCUUUUAUCUGUGGAUUAAUUGUAGGAGUAGAAGGACCUUGUUGCAUUUCAGGUAAAAUAACCCAAUGUUUAUAUCCCUGGACAAAUUAGCUAACAACAGAAAGCGAGCUAGCGAGCUAGCUAAAUUGACAUACACCUGUCCACAAAUUAAUAUAGUUGGUUCAGAGUUUGUUUUGAUAUUUCCACUGGUCAGGUGUAGGUGGACAAAGUCAGCAUGCGCGCAAGCAGUCUGGUCAACAUGUUAGGGUUGCAUAUUUCUGGUCAUUUUCAGAAAAUUCUGGUUAAAAGACCCAGAAUCAAGAUGGGGUGGGGCAGGAAAUCCUGAAUCCUCCAACCAGAAUUUCUGGACAACCUGGUGAUUUUGGGAAACACUACCCAGCAACCCCUGCGGCUCAGUCUAACCAAUCAUGAUGCUCCAAAUAGUUAUUCAGAGGUUCCGUUUAUGUAUUUUAAUUCCUUCAUAUCAUAUGAAGAUCUUCCGGUUUAUUCCAUCUAUUUCAAACAGUUCAAAUGGGUUGUACCUACCGGCCAUUGAAUCUAUCCGCCAAAUGGGUUGUACCUACCGGCCAUUGAAUCUAUCCGCCAAAUGGGUUGUACCUACCGGCCAUUGAAUCUAUCCGCCAAAUGGGUUGUACCUACCGGCCAUUGAAUCUAUCCGCCAAAUGUCUCGUUAAUUUAAUGUGACUUGGCUUCAGCAGUCGACUUACGAUCUUUAUCCCACUUCUGACUUAUUGAUGGCCGUAUCAAUCACCACAUCGUAAGACGUGUACACUGCCGUUCAAAAGUUUGGGGUCACUUAGAAAUGUCCUUGUUUUCCAUAAAAACAUACAUGAAAUGAGUUGCAAAAUGAAAUAGGAAAAAUAGUCAAAACGUUAACAAGGUUAUAAAUAAUGAUUUUUUUCCCUUGAAAUAAUAAUUGUGUCCUCUUUGACAAACUUUGCUUUUGUUAGAAGGAUUCUCCGUUUGCAGCAAUUAUAGCCUUGCAGACUUUUGGCGUUCUAGUUGUAAAUGUUUUUGAGGUAAUCUGAAGAGAUUUCACCCCAUGCUUCCUGAAGCACCUCCCACCCGUUGGAUUGGCUUGAUGGGCACUUCUUACGUACCAAACGGUCAAGCUGCUCCCACAACAGCUCAAUAGGGUUGAGAUCCGGUGACUGCUGGCCACUCCAUUAGAGACAGCUGGUAUUCUGACUGCUUCUUCCCUAAAUAGUUCUUGCAUAGUUUGGCGCUGUGCUUUGGGUCAUUGUCCUGUUGUAGAAGGAAAUUGGCUCCAAUUAAGCGCCGUCCACAGGGCAUGUCAUGGCGUUGCAAAAUGGAGUGAUAUCCUUCCUUCUUCAAUAUCCCCUUUACCCUGAACAAAUCUCCCACUUUACCACCACCAAAGCACCCCGAGACCAUCACAUUGCCUCCACCAUGCUUGACAGAUCUCAUAAAUGUUCUUCUUUAUGAUCCGAAUACCUCAAACUUAGACUCGUCUGUCCAUAACAUAACUUAGACUUUUCUCCCCAAUCUUUCUCUGUCCAGUGUCUGUGUUCUUUUGCCCAUCUUAAUAUUUUAUUUUUAUUGGCCAGUCUGAGAUAUGGCUUUUUCUUUGCAACUCUGCCUAAAAGGCCAGCAUCCCGGAGUCGCCUCCUCACUGUUGCAGUGCAGUGUUUUGGGGGUACUAUUUAAUGAAGCUGCCAGUUGAGGACUUGUGAGCCGGCCGUUUCUCAAACUAGACACUCUAAUGUACUUGUCCUCUUGCUCAGUUGUGCACCGGGGCCUCCCAGUCCUCUUUCUAUUCUGGUUAGAGCCAGUUCUGUGAAGGGAGUAGUACACAGUGUUGUAUGAGAUCUUCAGAUUCUUGGCAAUUUCUCACAUGGAAUAGCCUUCAUUUCUCAGAACAAGAAUAGACUAAAAAAUGUCAGAAGAAAGUUCUUUGUUUCUGGCCAUUUUGAGCCUGUAAUCGAACCCACAAAUGCUGAUGCUCCAGAUACUCAACUAAUCUAGGUAUUUCUAAUGAUCAAUUAGCCUUUUAAAAUGCUACACUUGGUUUAGCUAACACAAUGUGCCAUUGGAACACAGGAGUUAUGGUUGCUGAUAAUGGGCCUCUGUACGUCUAUGUAGAUAUUCCAUUGGAACACAGGAGUGAUGGUUGCUGAUAAUGGGCCUCUGUAGCCUAUGUAGAUAUUCCAUUGGAACAGAGGAGUGAUGGUUGCUGAUAAUGGGCCUCUGUACGUCUAUGUAGAUAUUCCAUUGGAACACAGGAGUGAUGGUUGCUGAUAAUGGGCCUCUGUACGUCUAUGUAGAUAUUCCAUUGGAACACAGGAGUGAUGGUUGCUGAUAAUGGGCCUCUGUACGUCUAUGUAGAUAUUCAAUUAAAAAUCAGCAGUUUCCAGCUACAAUAGUCAUUUACAACAUUAACAAUGUCUACACUGUAUUUCUUAUCAAUUUGAUGUUAUUUUAAUGGACAAAAAAAAGUGUUUUUCUUUCAAAAACAAGGACAUUUCUCAGUGACCUCAAACCUUUGAACGGUAGUAUAUAGUAUAGGUAGUAUAUAGUAUAGGUAGUAUAUAGUAUAGGUAGUAUAAUCCCAAUGAACAGCCCUUUUGUCUGUCAGUGUGUGAGGAGGAACUAUACUACUACUACUGUCUGGUCUGUUUUCACGUCUUCACUCAGUACGUUCAGUAGUCUGUCUCUCUCUGUCUCUGUCUGUCUGUCUGUCUCUCUCUCUCUCUGUCUGUCUGUCUCUCUGUCUGUCUGUCUCUCUCUCUCUCUCUCGCUCUCUCUCUCUCUCUCUCUCUCUGUCUGUCUCUCUCUCCAAUGUCCUCCACCAUUUGCAUAAAGUGACAGUGAAAAUGAAAACAUUGGUUGAUCUGUUUUGGGAAUAGAGUACCAUGACUGCCGCUAGGUUUAGAAAUUUCUGGUAACUUUCCCUAAAAUCCCAAGAUUUUCAAGAAAUUCUGUUUUUAAAAAAAAAAAGAUUUUCUGAUUUUAAAAAGACUGUAAACCAGAAUCGUCCAACUUGGGGAAAGUUAAUGUCCUCCAUAGUUUUUUUUGCUGCUUGUAUAUUUGAUAAACUUUUAGGCGGGAGGAGCAGGACUGCAGAGUUUUAUGACUCGUUGAAAUACAUUCCAAUAGGCGUCAUUCCUCCAGUGAUGAGCCUAACUUCUCUACCUCUUCAUUUGCCAUUCAUUGACAGUAAUGACACAAGCCUCAUGUUGUAAUUCUUUCUUUAAAAACUGCUCUUUUUUUAAGCAGAUUGUGGUUCUGAUGUUUUUUUUUUGUUGUCUUUUAACUAACUUAAAAAUGAAUAAAGUGAUUUUAGAUUAUUUGAUUAUUA